CCGCAGCAACGGGACGCAGGACAUAACAAUCCAGUCCCGUCCCUCUGUCACAACAACAACAUGAGCAACCCUGAUGGAUCUGAGAGAGCGGGACAACCCAACUAUGACAGCAGUGAAGAAAAAGACUGGGCAGCUGUCAAAGCAUUAUUUGACAACUCGAAAACAACCAAGAAGCCGCGUCCGCCCAAACCCAGCAACGCUGUGACCAUUGCAGUGUCCUCGCGCACUCUGUUUAACAUGAUAAAGGAGAGGAAGGUGUUUGAGGAGGAGGGGCUGGAGAGGUACGUCGCGCACCAGCUAGAGCUCGAGGAUCAGCCUUUUCCCCCUGGGGUCUCAUUCCCUUUCGUUAAGGCCCUGAUGAACGUAAAUGCUCGUUUAAGAGAUCUAUAUCCAGACAGCGAGGAGCUGUUUGACAUUGUGCUGAUGACUAAUAAUCACGCCCAGGUCGGAGUUCGUCUCAUCAACAGCAUCAACCACUAUGAUCUAACUAUAGAAAGAUUUUGCAUGACGGGUGGAGAGAGUCCAAUUGGUUACCUGAAAGCCUACAUGACCAACCUCUACCUGUCCAAAGAUUCAAUGAAGGUACAAGAAGCUAUCGAAGAAGGAAUAGCCGCUGCCACAAUGUUUACCGGCAACAGUGAGAAUGAGCUCAGUGACACACAACUACGUGUAGCCUUCGAUGGAGAUGCUGUCUUGUUUUCAGACGAGUCUGAGAUUAUUGUGAAGGAACAUGGACUGGACACCUUUUUUAAGCAUGAAAAAGAGUUUGAGAACAAGCCUCUUGCUCAGGGUCCCCUUAAAUGUUUUCUGGAAGCACUGGGAAAACUCCAGCGCAAAUUCUAUGCAAAAAACCAACGUAUCAACUGCCCCAUUCGUACUUACCUGGUCACAGCUCGAAGUGCUGCUAGUGCUGGGGCCCGCGUCCUAAAGACCUUACGGAGCUGGGGCCUGGAGGUGGACGAGGCCCUCUUUUUGGCUGGGGCUCCUAAAGGGCCUCUUUUACAGAAGAUCAGGCCUCAUAUCUUCUUUGACGAUCAGAUGUUUCACAUUGAAGGUGCCCAGGAGCUCGGGACAAUCGCUGCUCAUGUGCCCUAUGGGAUUGGACAGAAGUAUAAUAAGGGGAAACGAAUAGAAAUGAGUGAUGCAGAGAAAAAAUGAAAUGGUUUGAUGAUCAUCAAAUGCCAGAGUCCCAUUUAUUUGUACCUCAAAACCUAUUCAGUGUCUUAAGACUCAUCUAUAGACCAUUUUGAGUGAUGUAAACAAAAACAAUGGUCCCAACGUAUUUCCUGUUUUACAUUUUGAAUUUCUAUCGCUUUUGAAAAUCCAAAAAGAGCCACAUAUUGAUAAUUAAUGUUAUGAUAGCUGGUUUAACAUGAAGUUAAGAUUGAAUUGCCUCUUGUUACAGUUAUGAAAUAGUUUAAUAACAAGCAGGAAAUGUUCAAGGGCCAGUGACAUCGCCACAUUGAGAUGGUCUAUACAAUAGCUAAUAUGUAAUGGUUUACAUAGUAUAUUAAUUAUGAGCUGGGAAGUGAUGCACGUAAAUUAAAGUCUCUGCAAGUCAGAAUUAAUUGUAUUUAUUUAUUGUUGCUCAAGGUGGUAUUUUAAACAUUGAUCUGUUCAAAUAGAUUGCUUGGAGUGUAAAAACGAAGAACUACGGUGCUCAAAAUGACUUAGUAUAUAAUGUACUGCACUAAUACAUCAGCACUACAAGGGUUAAACAAAGCCCUUUCUUUUUCAUUUUAAAGACAACCGUGUGCAAUUGGAAACAUCUUCCAGCCUUGAUCAUUAGUUUUUAGCAUGUUUAAACAAGAGUAAUAUUUAAUACCAUCUCAGGGAAUGUAUUUUCUAUUUUAUUUAUAGUAUGAGCUUUUACUCGUCAGUGUAAACAUAGCAGAUUUUAAUCGAUGUUUAAACAUUUGGUUUUGAACCUUUUCAUCGUUGUACUUUUACACAUCAUGCUCUUUCUCUCAGGGACAAGUGGCCCCCACCAGUGUUCAUAAGAAAUUUGCCUUGUGUAAACUGAAAGAAUAUGUGAAUAAUCACCUGAUUAUUGUAUUUUGAAUGUAUUGUCUGUGUUUACCAUAAGGUGUAAAAUUAGGAUUUAAAAAAAUGAUAAAUUAUGGAUUUGUUCAUUUAUGACCAUGAAGUAAAUGACUGCUGUGGU